CUGCACUACUCCUGUGCUGCCAUGACAGCAUGGAAGACUGUGAGCUCACUCAGUACCGUGACAUGAUCAUCGAAGGGGAGCUUCCUUUGGACCUGCGGCCACCUCCCAGGCUCUACAUCCCGCACUACUUGCGUGACGACCGUGAGGACUAUCACCACGAUGACACCUACGUGUCUGUCGACGAAGACACACCCGACCACCCACCGCAGUCCAGCGACUCUGAGCGCUACGACGCCUGCAGCCCGGACAAACCCAGCUCGCCAAAGAAACCGAAGCAGAAGUCCUCAUCGCAGCUCAUCAAACCCCCGUACUCGUACAUCGCGCUGAUCACCAUGGCCAUAUUACAAUCGCCGCACAAAAAGCUUACGCUCAGUGGUAUAUGUGAGUUUAUCAUGACGAGAUUUCCGUAUUACCGCGAGAAGUUCCCCGCGUGGCAGAACUCAAUUCGGCACAAUUUAAGUUUGAACGAUUGUUUUAUAAAAAUACCCCGUGAGCCGGGGAAUCCGGGGAAAGGGAACUAUUGGACUUUGGACCCGUUGGCGGAGGAUAUGUUUGAUAAUGGAAGUUUUUUGCGCCGUCGUAAAAGGUACAAGCGGCCCGCACCGUCGCUGCAACACGCGCACGCGGUCGUCGCCAUGCUGGCCAGAGAAGCCUACGCACCACUUCUGCCUCUUCCCUGUUACCUACCUCCCACCCCGCUGCUGUCACUACCACGUCCACCGCCGACGACGCUACGACCUGUGCCUUUACCGCCCCGACUCGCUGAAACCACAGAAACUCGAACUAAGAGAUCUCGGAACGGUUUCUCUAUUGAAUCCAUUAUUGGAUCACAGGACAGUGACGUGGUCGAACCUCGCCGGAGUGCGUUUUCGCCGCUACAUUCAGGGAACAGUCCGCCAGACGACUGGGGAAGGUGAAUUUAUGAAGCCGGGUACGUUGCGAAUUACUUUUAAAACGGCCGGCGGUAUGUGAAUACGUUUUGAACUUUAUUGCUUGUCAUAAUGCAAGAACCAAGUGUAAUGUGACCACAGUCCCUAGUUACCAGCUCUUUGUAUUUUUGCAAGAUCCUCAUCGAUGUAAAUUGUUUCUCUAUGGCAUGCUUAUUAUAAUUAUUACCAGCUUAUGCAAAGACAAUUGUCACAAACGUCCUUAAAUGUAAGUUAUUUAAAUCGCGACUUGAGACAAAAUUAAUUUAUUAAUGUACAAUAUAUUUGUUCAAAAUUUUCACAAAAUUAACUUUCAUAGUUAAUUAUUUUUCAAAAUAAAUUGGCAAUAAAAAUAUUUCAAACGUAACCUAUUCUUGAUGAUUAUUUUUCAUGCCGAAAUUGAUUUCUUGUAACAUUACUAUUGCUUGUAUUAAAUUAUGAAUUAUGAAAGUCGCGAUUACUAUAUCUAGUCACUUUGUACAAAUUAGUAAAUACUGUAAAUAUAUUAGAUAUAAUAUUAUAUAGAUUAACUACGUAGUAUUAGAUUAUGUCGCCGCCAUAACUUGUAAAUUAUAUUAGG